AGCCGGUGGGCAGGUGAGGUCAACUAAAUCGGAGCCGGGAACCGGACGGAGGCCGCCGGGACUAGUCGGCGGGUGUAUAAAAGCGGCGGAGGGAAAACGGAAGCGGGCGAGUGCGAUCCAUCGUUAUAAAUCCCUCUCCCCUUGCGAAGUCAAAUCUCAUCAGUGGUUGUCUGGUCUGCUCCGCGCCGCGUCUCGGCGUCCCUCCAUAGCCAUUAGCCAUAUCGGCUACUGCGAUCCUCCUGUUCGGCGUUCUUGGUUGAUCGCCGGAGGUUCCUGCAGCGGGGUUUUUAUCUGAAGGAAGAAGGAAACAACACAAUUUAUCAUGUCAGGACGCUCAUCUGUAUCUUCCCCAUUUUCUGGGGAAAAUAGCUUCAGCUCUCUGUCAAGUUUCAAGGACCUUGGACUAUCUUCAGAGUCCGGUUGCUUGUCCAUUGUUGUACUAGGUGCUUCUGGAGACCUUGCUAAGAAGAAAACUUUCCCAGCACUCUUUCACCUUUUUCAGCAGGGAUUUCUGCAAUCUGAAGAAGUCCAUAUAUUUGGGUAUGCCAGAUCAAAUCUUUCUGAUGAUGGAUUAAGAGAACGCAUCCGUGGAUACCUCAAAGGUUCAGAUGAACAUCUUUCUCAAUUUUUGCAGCUAAUUAAAUAUGUUAGUGGUUCCUAUGAUCGUGGGGAAGGAUUUGAGUUAUUAAACAAGGCAAUCUCUGAGUAUGAAACAUCAAAAAACAAUGAAUCGGGAAGCUAUCGCAGACUAUUUUAUUUGGCAUUGCCUCCAUCAGUCUACCCAUCCGUAUGCAAAAUGAUAAGAUCAUAUUGCAUGAAUCCGUCUUCACAUGCUGGUUGGACAAGAGUUAUUGUUGAAAAGCCCUUUGGAAAGGAUUUGGACUCUGCAGAGGAACUGAGUGCCGAACUUGGAAAGCUGUUUGAAGAAGAACAACUCUACAGAAUUGACCACUAUUUAGGAAAAGAGCUGGUUCAAAACUUGCUCGUGCUUCGUUUUGCAAACCGCUUAUUUUUGCCUCUCUGGAAUCGUGAUAAUAUUGCUAAUGUACAGAUCGUAUUUAAGGAGGACUUUGGAACCGAGGGACGUGGAGGAUAUUUUGAUCAAUAUGGUAUCAUUCGUGAUAUCAUUCAGAAUCAUUUGUUGCAGGUCUUCUGUUUGGUGGCUAUGGAAAAGCCUGUCUCUCUUAAACCCGAGCACAUUAGAGAUGAAAAAGUCAAGGUUCUGCAAUCAGUGGAGCCUAUAAAGCAUGAAGAGGUAGUCAUUGGACAAUAUGAUGGCUACAAGGAUGACCCUACUGUGCCAGAUGACUCCAACACCCCUACUUAUGCAUCUGUUGUACUGAGGGUACACAAUGAAAGAUGGGAGGGAGUUCCAUUCAUUCUCAAGGCUGGUAAAGCUCUAAAUUCUAGGAAAGCAGAGAUACGUGUGCAAUUCAAGGAUGCUCCUGGUGACAUUUUUAGAUGCAAGAAACAAGGAAGGAAUGAGUUUGUUAUACGCCUGCAGCCAUCAGAAGCCAUGUAUAUGAAGUUAACAGUCAAGAAACCUGGACUGGAAAUGGCAACUGAACAAAGCGAACUGGAUCUAUCCUACGGGAUGCGGUACCAAGAUGUAAAAAUCCCAGAAGCAUAUGAGCGUCUUAUCUUGGACACGAUAAGAGGUGAUCAGCAGCACUUUGUUCGCCGAGAUGAACUGAGGGCUGCAUGGGAGAUCUUCACUCCUUUGCUUCACGACAUCGAUGCUGGCAAGCUGAAGUCCGUUCCAUACCAACCAGGAACCCGAGGACCACAGGAGGCCGAUGAUAUGAGCAGGAGGAUGGGGUAUGUGCAGACCCAUGGCUACAUAUGGGUGCCGCCAACCCUCGCUAAGUUUUAGCUGUUUUGGUAGUUGCCGUGUAACCACGGCAGAAAGGUCUGAAUUUGCAAACAAGCACUUGAGGAAAAUAGCCCUUGUAAUCCGCGGGUCACGUAAUAAGAGAAACUUCUUGUUGAAAGUGUGUACCGUUUACGAUAUGAAAUAAAAUCUUUCAUGUUCAGAAUGCA